AUGGGCGGCAGAGGCUUGCCAGCCAGCCCCGUGGAUAUCACCUCCUUGCUUCGGUUUUCCUCAAACGCUUCAAACGAGUCCCCCGUGCCGUCCCCUAGAAGACAGCUUCGACCUGCCUCUGUACCGUCAACACCCACGACUACUCCUCAUGAUCUCCUACCUCCGCGUGUUGGGCCUUCGGCUGUAGCUCCAGCGCUCAUCCCGAGCAACAGGCGCAGUAUGACGCCUCACGUCCCGGAUCAGCCAGUCAAGAAGCAAAGCAAGUGGUCUCCUGAGGAGGACGCCAUCAUCAUUGAGCUGCGGGGCAGAGGAAUGAAAUGGGAAGAUGUUUCAAAGCGACUUCCAGGACGCAGUGCCAUUAGCUGCCGGCUUCACUAUCAGAACUACCUCGAGAGACGGAGUGAGUGGGAUGAGGAGCGCAAGAACAAGCUUGCCAGGCUGUAUGAGAGAUUCAAGUCUGACAUGUGGGCCAAGGUAGCUGAAGAGUUGGCUGUCCCCUGGCGAGCAGCCGAAGCCAUGCACUGGCAGCUGGGUGAGGCAGACAUGGCUCGCCGGGCUGGUGUAGUUCCUUUCUCUCUCGCUGCUGUCAAUACUAGUGAAUCGUCGAGCAACAGGGCUUUGGCAAGCCGAGCCCAAGCUCCGAUUCAGCCGCAGGAUAACAGCGCUCUCCGUGAAAUGAGGCCACCGUCUCCUCCCACGAGCUACAGCCGCAGCCAGCUUAUGCCCCCCAUGACCUCGCAAACGCGACCAAUGCUACCUCCGCAACACAUGCAUCAGACACCCCAUCCCUCACCCCACACAGUAGUACCAGGACCACCGGCUCCGCAGCAGCAGCCGCCGCCACCACCGGCGCCUGCUGCCGCUCUGGCACACCCUUUUGGUGACUACCGCCGUAGCCCGGGUCCUGGGCUGGCUCCGAUCCAGCCUCACCCGUCGUCCCACAACACCGGUCCUCUGCCAGGUGUUGCACAGUUGACCACGGGGAUGAGCCCAUAUGGUCCGCCAAGCGGGCCACCGACGCCUACCUCUCUGCCUGCGAUUGCUACUCCCUCGAUGCCUCGUUACGUGCCCCUCGAGCAGGCAGGAACGAAACGACGAGCGAGCCCCGACAUGACACGACCCGAUGCUGCUCAUAGGCGAAGACUCGCAUAA